AUGUUCCAACUAUAUUUCUUCGAGGAUGUCCAUAAAGAAAACAAGUUUAUUAACAAAACAUUACAAUCCAAGAGCGUCAGACACUUAGAUCUUACUGAACCGUUACUUCGAACACAUUCGAUUCAUGAAAUAAAACGGACGUUUCUGGAUAAUGAUCGAAAUCUUGAUGAUGUAGUGGAUUAUAUUGGAGAAAAAAGUACGCAAUACAAAAUCUUAAUUAAUGAACUACUUUCAACAUGUCCUAUCAAUGGAUCAUUUCAAAUUCAGGUGACGGUUGAUGGCCAAGAUAUGGAAAGAUUCUUAAAGUUUUGUCAGAUCAAUCGAUUUAAAUGGAUAUAUCUUGAGUUUUACAAUGAUCGUCCUUCGAAACAACUGAUUGCCUCAUUCGAUCGGACAGGAACAUAUCCAAAUAUAAUUGAUGAAACCAAACUCUUAUUCAAAGAUUUCAAUGUUAAGAGAUUGAAAAUCAAAUCGGUUUUAAGGAAUGAUGGUAUACUUGAAGAAGAUAUCGAUUAUCACUUAUUCUGCGAUAAAGCAUGCAACUAUUUUGAAUUUCAUUAUAAGUUACCUUAUUCUAGUUGGGAAAUAGAACGCUUCUGUGGAAGUCAUGAUCUCUAUUUGACGAAAAUGUAUAGAACGAUGAUUCAAGCUCUUAUUUCGCUACAAUAA